AUGCCUUGGCUUACAGUUUCACAUGGUGAUCUUCCUCUCAAGCGGUUUUUGAGUGAAAAAUAUAAAAUCCUAACAAGCCCUGCAUUGGUGCUAAUUGAUAAAGAUGGAAAUGCAUUGAAUACAAAUUGCAGAUGAGAAUUGGAGCAAAAGGGAGUUGAAGCCCUGAAAGGGUGGCUAGAGCUAGUGGCUAAAGCACAAACUAAAUAA